AUGACCAUCUGUCCUAAACACAGAAGAGACCUGACAGUCGACUGGAGAGGUCGUAAAAGUUCGACAUGUUGCUAUCCAUCGCACGAAGGUCAACGCAAACAGGUCAAGGACCCACGCCGUGUCAAUUACGCAACGUCUAAGGAAAUCUUUGCUUUACACAAUGCUGCUGUCCCAGUUGGGUCCGGUGAGUGUCUCUUAUUACUUUAAAAUCCUUUUGUCGAUCUUACCUGGUAAAUUACGUUUCCCAUAAAUAUCACGCCACUAUGGGCCUCUUCAUAUGAGCCCGGUUGACCGGGCUGACUCGGUUUCCGAGAUCUCGCCUCGCCUCUAAAUCCUUUGUUAAAGUUUUCAAUGUGUUUAUAUGAGAGGGCGGGCUGGCUCGGUUCCCGAGAUCUCGGUAAGCGGGCUGGAAAUUUUGUCAUAUGAACACAUCAUCCCGGUUACCGGGAUGAACGGCAGGAUGAAUUCUGGCGGUCCGGAUGGCAUCGUCUUGCAUUGCCUACUGUAUUUUCCACAUCAUAAGCAUCAUCCCAUUUAACUGCAGUGAUACAGCUUUAAGAGUUACCGAUGCCAAGAUAGGCCCGAAAGUUAAAAUGUUUGUGUUUUGCUAUGUUGCUUUGUUUCCCAAAUUUGGUGCCAGAACUCGUACCCAGGAUCUUUGACCUUUUCUCAUCUCGGAAACCGGGCUGAAAUUUCUCAUAUGAACCCAAGGCAAAAUUCAUCCCGGCAACCGAGCCAGCCGGUCAACCGGGCUCAUAUGAAGAGGCCCUAUAUCAACAGAAGCGCGGGGGGUGGGGUAAAUUUCCUUGGAUGUGCCAUAAAUCAAACAAGGGUGAGCCAUCCUCGGAGACCCAGGGGCAGUCAGUCGGGUCGGGAGAAAAGGCGCGAAGAAAGUUUUCAAGCACAGACUGACUGCCCCUGGGUCUCCGAGGAUGGGGUGAGCAAGCAAGAUACUUUUAUUCAGAACGGAAGUUAGCCUGCGAAGCGCAGACGUAUUUCCGGUCGUCGCUUCUCUCCCUCCGAAAAAUAACGGAGGGAGAGAAGCGACCACCGGAAAUACGUCUGCGCUUCGCAGGCUAAACGGAAGCCUUUUUUGCCACAAAAAGUCUUUUCAAGUGUUGUCGUGACAGAAGCUACAGCGUGACACGCCUACUUGAACAGGAACUAUAAACCACAACUGUAAACGUUUUUCAGAUUAUUUUAUAACAGGAAAAUUUUUUCAAAUAAAAAUAAUCAUUCAUCUCGCGCUAUUUUCUUAAAAUGUUUUAAGUGCUCGUACUUUUCCACUUUCACUGAUGACAAGAUUGAAACUCAAUGUCUAUGUAUAAAAUUCGAUUUUUGGGGUUUGAAUUAAGAGUGACAUUUUUAAUCUUUAUCCUUUUCAUUUGUAUUAGCUAUUUGUGUAAAGUGUCGCACAGAGCAUUACAGACUACGCCAUGAAGAAGACUCUGAAAGAGGAAGGAGCGAUCAGCAGGUUGUGUAUUUGCUUUCUUUAGUCACGCAAUUUAAGCUAGGCAUCUGA